CAGAAUAUCCCGCGCGUCCACAGACGCCACUUCCUCCAGACACACUAAGAUGGCACCCACCAGGAAGCAACACGCGAGUUUGGGGUUUGAAAUACCAUCCGGAUUUACAGCGAUCCCAGUAAAGUUUCAGCUGACCAGUAAGUCCCACCAUUACCUUUAUGUGAAGGAGCACAGGGUGCGAUCUGAGAACAACACCAGAAGGCCGCUGGACAGGACUCUCUUUGUGCUCAACAUCCCCCCCUAUUGCCCGGAGGAAUGUUUGUACCGAAUUCUGUCCCCCUGCGGUCUGAUCCAGUCCAUAGAACUGAAGGAGAAGCCCGGCCCAGAAGAGGAACCAGAACCAGAACCAGCACCUUCCAAACACUUCAGAACCCAGAGCAGCAAGGGGUUCCUCGUGGCUUACGUGGUUUUUAAAAAAGCCUCCAGUGUGACAGCGGCCAAAAAACUGAGACCGAAAGAAGCCAUUGUUCUGUCGACGGAGAAACAACCAAUCAAAACAGGCCUGCAGAGGUGGGUGUCACAGUACAGCAGCGCCUCCCUUCUGCAGGCUGAUGAACUGCAGGCUGAGGUUGAUGCUUUCAUGCAGGCUCACGACAAGAGAGUGGCGGAGGAGUCCGCUCGCCUCGCGGAGGGAGACGGGGUCCCGGACGGGGAGGGCUGGGUGAAGGUGACUCGAGGGGGGCGUCGCCCGGCCCUCCCCCGAACCGAGGCGGCCAAUCUGAGAGCCGUGGAGGCGGAGCGUCGGAGGAGAGCCAAGAAAGAGCUGCUCAACUUCUACACCUGGCAGCACCGAGAGAGCAAGAGAGAGCACAUCGCAGAGCUGAGGAAGAAGUUUGAAGAAGACAAGCAGAGGAUCGCGAUGAUGAGAGAGCAGAGGAAAUUCAAACCUUACUGAGAGAGGAGGAGAGGAGAGAGGGGAGGGGAGGGGAGAUUCAAACCUUACUGAGAGAGAGGAGAGGAGAGGGGAGGAGAGGAGGAGAGGGGAGAUUCAAACCUUACUAGGAGAGGAGAGGGGAGGAGAGGGGGAGAGAGAGAGCAGAGGAAAUUCAAACCUUACUGAGAGAGGAGGAGAGGAGAGGAGAGAGGGGAGGGGAGGGGAGGGGAGAUUCAAACCUUACUGAGAGAGAGGAGAGGAGAGGGGAGGAGAGGAGGAGAGGGGAGGGGAGAUUCAAACCUUACUAGGAGAGGAGAGGGGAGGAGAGGGGGAGAGAGAGCAGAGGAAAUUCAAACCUUACUGAGAGAGGAGAGGAGAGGAGAGGAGGAGAGAGGAGAGGAGAGGGGAGAUUCAAACCUUACUGAGAGAGGAGAGGAGAGGAGGAGAGAGGAGAGGGGAGAUUCAAACCUUACUGAGAGAGGAGAGGAGAGGGGGAGAGAGAGCAGAGGAAAUUGAAACCUUACUGAGGGAGGGGGGAGAGGAGAGAGAGGGGAGGAGAGAGAGGAGAGAGGGGAGGACAGAGAGGAAAUUCAAACCUUACUGAGAGGAGGGGAGAGGAGAGAGAGGGGAGGAGGAGAGGAGAGGAGAGGAGAGAUGGGAGGACAGAGGAGAGGAAAUUGAAACCUUACUGAGAGAGGGGGGAGGAGAGGAGAGGAAAUUGAAACCUUACUGAGGGAGAGGGGAGAGGGGUCUCCGUUCAGCCCCUCAGAGCUCGUCCUGCAGCUGAUGGAUCUCAGAACUUUGUCAAGUCGGGUCUCGAAGGAUCCCAGCGAUUCAGCAUCGACAGCGUGGCUCCGUAACCCACGGCAACGCUUGGUAACCCUCGGUAACCCCCUCGCCCCCCCCCCUUACAAAUUUCUAUGACACCGUCGUCCACACAGUCCCUUAUAAUGUCAUGUUUCAUUGUCGUACGUGAUGAUUAAUUACUGUAACAAUAAUAAUAUUAAAAACACAAAAUGCAA